AUGGUCUAUCUCCGAAUAUUGCUACCAAUUCUUCUUUUUCUACAUUUGCGAGUUUAUUCGCUAGCGCUUAAACAAGAUCUUAUCAUCUCCAGACCUCUAGAAGACGUAGUUCCUGUUCCAAACCAAAUCUACUCAAGAUUACACACUUAUGCCCAUCUACUAGAUAUAGCAUAUUGUAUCGAUGGCCUAAGGCGUAUUGAAGAGCCCUUUGGAUGUGAGCUUGACUGCUCAGCGCUGUUCCCACACUUGCAAUUGGUGCAUCAAUGGUACUUUGAAGAUUCCAGUUGUGGAUACAUUGCAAGCACCAACGAAACGCUAUUUGAUGCAAACUCAACAGAGAACAAUGGAAAAUAUACGAUAGUCGUGUCUAUAAGGGGUACACGUUCUGUAUCGGAUACGAUGACCGAUCUAAACUUCGAUAUGACACCCUUUGCAGUCCCUGGAAAUGCAAUUCCGGCUUGUGGAGCACAAUGUAAAGUCCAUGCUGGUUUUCAUGGCUACUAUAAAGAUGCCACGGCAAUGGUGCAGCCUUAUGUAAUGUCGGAGCUUAAAAAGGGUGGGCCAGAUGCACAGGUGCUCAUAGUGGGCCACUCUAUGGGCGGCUCAGUUGGGCUUCUCAUGGCGCUUCAUUUCUUAUCCAUUGGAGUAGAAAACAUAUACUUGGUGACGAUGGGACAGCCAUUGGUCGGAAAUAGAGAGUUCGCCGAGUGGGCCGAUUUUGCGCUAGGAAGCAGGUAUCUGCUUAACCUGGGGCCAAAAAAUCGGAAAUGGCUUCGGGUGGUACAUCGAAACGACAUUGUCACUACCAUUCCGCGGGGCUCCUUCUUGCGCCGAUACGAACAGUUUGAUAAUCAGAUAUACCUCAAUGUGUCUGCGGCAAAUGCACAGCCCAGAGCCGAACAGGUGGUUGAUUGUUUAUUAGGAGAUAAUCGGCAGUGCAUUGCGGGCGAUGUGCUGCUGCCACGAUUGUUGAGUGACUAUUUGCUCAGCCACAACACAUACUUCCGUCAUUUGGGGCUAUGCGGCAUCCAUUCUGACAAACGGGAUGACCAGGAAACGAGAAGUUUUUGA